UUAGGGUCAAAUCUCCUGUAACCCUACUCUCCACAUUUUCUGUCUAAGCGCGGCGAAGUGCCAGGACUUUCGAAUAUGACAUAGCGGUGGUGCAUAAAAUCCCUGUAUUCAGCGGAUUAAACAUGGAUACUCGAAAAGUGGAUUUCUUCGGAACUUAGCGACCGUGGAUUUCCUUGGAUUAUUAAUCUUUAAACAUCGACAUGACUUCUCACAGGUCGUCCUCGGAUUCACAUCACUAUCAAUACGUCGGUCCUUACAGGCUAGAGAAGACCCUGGGCAAGGGACAAACUGGUCUCGUCAAGCUGGGCGUUCACUGCAUCACAGGCAGGAAAGUUGCCAUCAAAAUAAUCAACAGGGAAAAACUAAGUGAAUCUGUUUUACAAAAGGUUGAAAGGGAAAUAGCCAUAAUGAAACUCAUAGAACAUCCUCAUGUCCUUGGCUUGUACGACGUUUAUGAAAACAAAAAAUAUUUGUACCUGAUACUGGAGCAUGUCUCGGGAGGUGAGCUAUUCGAUUAUUUGGUGAAGAAGGGUCGAUUGACGCCGAAGGAAGCUCGUAGGUUUUUUCGACAGAUCAUAUCAGCUCUGGACUUUUGCCACAGCCAUUCUAUCUG